AUGGAUGACUUUUCACAUUUAAAUGUCUUCGAACCACUCGAUACUAAUUCCUUAUCCAUAAUAUCAACAGCAUCGUCUAAUAAUAAUACGAAUACACGAUGCCAAACAGGGCAGAAUGGGAGCUUCAAAAACUCACCUGUAGAUGACUCCUUUAUGCCAUCUAUCGCUAACAGAAAUGAGAACGUAGCUCCGUUUAAAUGGAAUACCGAAAAGAAUGAAUUCAAAUUCGAAAGUAACAGUACUCCUUCCAAGAAAACGCCUCGUGGGAAAUCGUUUAGUCAUUCUCAUUUACUAUUACCUAGAAAGAGGAGAUCACAAUUAAUCGGUGCUAAACCUAAUGUCCCCUCCAAAUUAUACCAAUCUACUUCCAAGUUAGAACUCAUUGACGAUGAUAAAUUGACUAGCUUACCUAUAGCACCACCUCCCGGCUGGAAUUCAGAUGAAGACAAUGAUGAAAACUAUAAUACAGACGGAAAUAUGGUAAAGAAACAAAAAUUUAACCCUCGAGGGGAGCUAAGAGUACACAACAAUAAUAUGAAACGCUACGUUAGUUACAAUAUUCAAAAAGUUCAAGAGAGUUCUGAGAAUGGUGAUGUGCUUCAAGAUAACACUGCUCCCUCAAUUGUGGUCGUUGAAGACUACAUCCCAGAAGUUAUGGGCAGAGGAACUACUAAGAAAAAAGUUUCUGUCUCUGACUUAAAAAGUAAGAUGCUCAGGAAAGACUCUCACCGGAUACCAUUGAAGAUGAAAAGAAUUAAAAAUGACUCUACUUAUACAUAUCCAAGCAAGUCUAUUUUACUGACUCCUCAUGCAUUUAAUGAGGAAUAUUCUCUGAAUGGCUCUAUACUGGAAGAAGGAAGGCAAGAAGGUGACUUGAAAAUUUCUGAUUCAAUACAAGAUAUGGUGGAUGACUUAAUAAAACAGCCAUCAGAGUUUGCUGGUGAGGAUAAAUACCUAGCUGAUCUCCCUAUAAAACAUCCCAUAAAAACAUGUGUAGUUUGUGACAAAGUCCUAUACGAAAUUAGUUCCAUAUUGAUAGGACAUAAUGACUACAAAGAGAUUGUCUGUGGAGACUGUGCCGUUAAAUAUGAACAGGCGGCAAAGAUCUUUGAAAAUUGUGAGUUUGAAACUUCCGCGGAGAAUUCGAACAAUACCAGCAUGAUGAGUUCUCUAGACAGUCCUGUUGAACCUUUUAUUGAUAAGAAUUGGGAUUUGUCCGUUAAUAAGGCUAAUUCAAUUAAUAAACGAGAGAAAAUAAAGCAAGAUUAUAAAUUUUCUGAUGAAUUAAUACGGACAUUAAAGUCACAGUUAAGUCACAGCCUCCCAUAUCAAAACACUCUUGAUAAUACUGGUUCAUUAACUUGGUUCUUAAAGGCUAAGCAAAAGAUACUGCUACAAGUCCAGAAGAGUGGUUUGUUCCCGCUCUUCAUAAACAGACAAAAUGAAGUUUCAUAUGAUGAACAGAAAAGCAAUCGCUGA